CGUUGAUUAAUUCUUAUUAUGGUCCGAAUCGUAACCCUAAUAAUUCUAGCAAUGGAUCAACAUCUCUCUUGCAACACGUCAAAAGACAUAGCAUGCCAACCAUCAAUCUUGAAGUGCAUCAACAUCAAUCACAACCACCACGUCAUCAACAAUCACCAACACCUUCGAAUUUAAAUCCUAUUGGUUAUCAUCUUAC